AUGGAAUGCAAUGAAGAUGAUGAACUCCAUGUAGCACCUUAUGCUUCCUUAACACACUGCUUUCAUUAUCCUUCUCCAGCCCAGAAACCCAUCCUGACCUCAACAAUGGAAACGGGUGAAGCCCAUGCUUUGACCCAUCUGGAUCAACCUCAAAGUUUACACCAUAUUCCAUUUUUCUGUUCCCAAGUGAACCUUCCAAACAACAGCCACAACCCAAUUCAAAUCCCACUCCAUAAACCCUCUCCCAACACAUCAUCCAACAGUAACAACAACAACACCACCAAUUCUGACGAAGCAAGGGCUCUCCUUGAUGACAGAAAGAAGAAGAGGAUGUUCUCCAACAGAGAAUCUGCUCGCAGGUCGCGCAUGCGAAAGAAGCAACAGAUUGAAGUCCUGCAGUAUCACGUUGAUCAUCUGCAGACUCUAAACCAUCAACUGUCCCAAAAGAUCAUUUACUUGCUGGAAUGUAACCAACAAAUCCACCAACAGAAUGCGCAGCUAAAAGAGAAAGUUUCCUCUCUUCAGGUAGCACUCUCUGACUUGUUGGUUCCUGCAGGGGGUGGUGACCAACCUCACCACAUCCCUAAUGGCUUCCUAGCUGAGCCUUCAACCAGACCAGUUGCAAGUUCAAGAGCAUAG